AUCUCCAAUCACUUAUCCACCAUUCACUAACACCAUAACAAUCUGAUAUAAACAAAGUGUUGUUUAAACAAAUCAAUGACUUUGUUCACUUUGUCUGAGGUAUUUACUUGGGUUUCUUUCUUGUGAAGUUUCCCUUUCAUCCUCAGACAACCUGAACUAAUAUAGCAAAAGAGCUUUCCCAAGGUUGAGGUCUUGCCUGAAAGGGAAAAGCAUAAACAGAAAACAAAAAACAAAAACAAAUGGCAUUCACAGGAACUCUGGAUAAAUGCAAGGCUUGUGAAAAGACUGUCUAUGUGGUUGAUUUGAUUUCUCUUGAAGGAUUUCCAUACCAUAAAUCCUGCUUCAAAUGCAGCCACUGCAAAGGAUUUCUUUCGAUGAGCAGCUACUCUUCCAUGGAUGGCGUCCUGUACUGCAAGCCUCAUUUUGAGCAACUUUUCAAGGAAUCAGGCAAUUUCAGCAAGAAUUUUCAAACAUCAAAAUCUUCUGAGAGGCAAGGCGAGCAGCUGACAAGGGCUCCAAGCAAGCUCUCUUCCUUGUUUUGUGGAACACAAGACAAAUGUGCAACUUGCUCGAAAACGGUGUAUCCUCUAGAAAAGGUGACACUGGAAGGAGAAUGCUACCACAAGACAUGCUUUAGGUGUGCUCAUGGAGGGUGUCCUUUGACACAUUCUUCAUAUGCUGCUCUUGAUGGAGUUCUCUACUGCAAGCAUCAUUUCUCUCGACUCUUCAUGGAAAAAGGAAAUUAUAACCACGUUUUGCAAGCAACCUCACAUAAGAAGAAUGAUCAGCUGACUCCGACGCUGCCGCCUGAAGCAGCGGAUCCAGCGCCAAAGCCAGAAGAAGAACUCGAGGACAAUAGUACUACUACACAAGAGCAAUCCUAGAAUACACUUUGAAUUAUAUUAUUAUGGUUAAAACAUGGGUGCAUGUAUACCCUUUUUGCAUUAAUUCUUGAAACAAUUAUAUGCCAACUUAAACUUUGUUCGCAGAAUAUAAUUUCGAGAUUCAAAGCUGAUUUCAAAAGUUAUAA